AUGAAAAAUAUAUAUAAUUUAAUUUCACUUUGCUUAUGUUCUUUAUCAAUUGUAUUAACAGACAUAUAUACAAAAUCCUCUUCCCUUAUAUGUAACAAAAAUGAUAUAUACUUAAGUGAUCAUUUUUAUUUUUUAAAAAAAAAGAAAUAUCUUUUAUAUGAUGUAAAUAUCGGUGAAGGAUUUAAUCUACAAAAGGAAGUGUUAUAUAGAAUGUCUUUAGUAAUAUACCAACUAAAUAAGAAUGAUAAGGAAUAUAUAUAUUACCUAGUGCUUCCCCCAUGGUGCUACUUAAGCCACUGGACAAAUAAAAGGCACAAUAAUUUACAAUGGGAUAUUUUUUUAAAUAUGAAUAUAAUUAAAAAUGUAAUUCCUAUAAUUGAAUUUAAUGACUAUACAAAAUUAUAUGGAGACGUAACUGAUUUUAUUAUUUCUUUUAAAUAUUUAUUAAAUUCGCAAACAUCAAAAUACUACCAUACUUUACCAUUUGAUAAAUGCUAUAUAGAAGAUUAUAAAUUUAAGACAGUUUGUAAAAAUUGUGAUUAUAAAUAUUCAGUAACAUAUUCAGGAGAUUGCACAAAUAUUAAAGGGAAAAAUGUUAUAUGUUAUGGUGAUUAUAUAGUUACUAGCUAUUUAGUAAAUUCUGUUGUUCAUAAAUUAUUUUAUAUACAUAAUAUAAAUUCAAUUUUAAUUAAAAAUAGUAGUGUUAUACUUGUACCAUUUCCAAAUGAACUAUUUGAAAAUAAUAUAGAAGACAUAUUAUUAUUUAAUGAGAGAUUAAUAUAUAAUGGAAAUAAUUACAUUAAAGAAUUAUUAAAAAGUAAUAAUUAUAUUAGUUGUCAUUUACGAUAUAAUGAUUUUAAAAAAAUUACUAGCUAUGAUGUACCAAGUGUGCAGCUAGCUAUUUUAAAAUUAUUAUAUAUUAUGUUUAUGAACAGCAAGGAGAAAAUUUUUAUUUCAACAGAUGAAAAAAAAUCUGUUCAACACAUUAUUAAUAAGCAUUUUAAACAGUUUAAACAUUUUUUUUACUUUUAUGAAAAUAAAGAUAAUUAUCAUGAAGGACAAGUAGCAAUAAUUGAGCAAUGGAUUUGUGCUAAUUCAAGCAUAUUUGUUGGAAAUAUUUUUUCAAGAUUUACUAUGCAUAUAAUGUGGGAGAGAUAUUUAAUAACCAAAGGAAAAGAAAAUCAAAAUUUAGAUCUAUGUGGUUAUAGUAUUAAUAAUAAUGAGAAAUUAAAAAACAGAUAUAAAAAAAUUCAACAUAUAUAUGAUCAUGGUGCGAUAGAAAAAUUAGGCAAUAUAUAUAAUACUUAUUCGGAAACAGAUAAAAAGUACAUAAUCACAUUGUGUUUUGGCUUCCCCUCUCAUCUUCCUGACAAUCUUAGUAUUUAUAGAAAAAAAUAUAUUCCUUUUGCAUAG